CACGGCCUGUUCACCCCGUUAUCAUCCAGAAGGCGAGAUCCUGUAUGCCAAUGAGGGGGAGUGCAGGAAGGAGGCCGACAUGGAGACUGUCUCGCAAGGGGACAAGACCAACUGUCUGCCACACAAAGGUCACGAGUUCAUUCCCACGAUCUACCACUUCCCCUCCAACUGCGAGGCCUGCACCAAGCCCCUGUGGAACGUCUUCAAGCCCCCACCCGCCCUGGAGUGCCGCCGCUGCCACGUCAAGUGCCACAAGGACCACCUCGACAAGAAGGAGGACGUCAUCGCCCCCUGCAAAGAUGAAAUCUUGCGACUUGUGACGGCCGGCCGC